AGCUUGGUAACGAUGCACAUCUUGUCGUUAUUGAGGAUUACAGUUCCAUCUAGUAAAUCCGUCCUCAAUAGCUCCUUGGGUGAAAAAGUUGUGUCAAGCAUCACAAGGUCACAACAGGUCCGAUGUUUGGCUGCACCUGGUGGAAAAGCCGUUUUCAAGCGUGAUAAACCUCAUCUCAAUGUUGGCACAAUAGGACAUGUUGAUCAUGGUAAAACAACUUUAACCUCAGCUAUUACAAAAGUUCUGGCUGCAUCGAAGUUUGCUAAGUUCCGCAAAUAUGAGGAUAUCGAUAACGCUCCAGAAGAAAAAGCGAGAGGUAUCACUAUCAACGCGUUUCAUCUUGAAUACGAAACUGCAAAACGACAUUAUGCACAUAUUGACUGUCCUGGACAUGCUGACUAUAUCAAAAACAUGAUUACUGGUGCUGCACAAAUGGAAGGAGCUAUCCUCGUUGUUGCCGCUACGGAUGGUGCCAUGCCACAGACUCGAGAGCAUUUGCUCCUUGCUCAUCAGGUUGGAAUUCCAAAAGAGAAUGUAGCCGUGUAUCUGAAUAAGGUAGAUGAAGUCCCUGAUCAAGAAACGCGUGAGCUGGUAGAGAUGGAAAUCCGUGAGCUACUGAAUGAAUUCGACUAUCCAGGAGAUAGCGCACCUGUCAUUUUUGGCUCAGCUUUAUGUGCCCUAGAAGGAAAACAACCAGAAAUUGGUGAAGAAUCUAUCAAAAAGCUACUAGAUGUACUUGAUAAUCACUUUGUUAUACCGGAGAGGAAAAUUGACACCGAGGCAAUGUUUGCUGCUGAACACGUAUACUCAAUUCAAGGGCGAGGAACUGUUAUUACUGGAAAAUUGGAGCGAGGAACACUUAAACGCGGUGACAAGAUCGAAAUUAUUGGCUGUGAUCGGGAAAAUUUAAAAUCUGUUGUGUCUGGUUUGGAGUCGUUCCGCAAGACCGUCGAACAAGCAGAGCCGGGAGACCAACUAGGUGUACUGCUGCGAGGUUUGGGGCCAAAAGAUGUCCGAAGAGGUUGCGUCCUUCUACCCCAGGGGCAUAAACAUAAGGCAACCGACAAAGUAAAAGCCCAGCUCUACGUUCUCAAGCCAGCCGAAGGCGGUUCGAAGACACCUAUUGCUAACUAUUUCACUGAACACGUAUUUUCGCUCACUUGGGAUGCAUCAGGAUUGCUCAAAAUUAUUGGAAAAGAUUUCGUCAUGCCAGGAGAGGCAGCCGAAGUCGAGAUACGUCUAAACCAGAAAAUGUUUAUCGAACCUCAACAGCGGUUUACGAUACGUCAAGGAACAACCACAACCGGAACAGGCGUUUUCACCGAAUUGCUACCUCCUCAAACUGAAGAAGAAAAGAAUCCUAAAAACAAGAAGAAGCUGAUGAAGGCAGAAAUGGAACGGCUUGGAUUUAACCCAUAUGGAGAGUUGGCAGAGAAGCGAUUGAAACCCGAUUAUUCGCACUCGCCUAAAGACAAUCCAGCGGCCAAAGCAUUUGAGGAUGCUGAGAAUAAUAAAGGUUUCCGAAUGGCGUUCCAAAGCAACGGCCUGAAGGAUUUUUUAGACAUUGUCGCACAGUUUGAGCAUCUGAAGCUCAAAAAGGAUUUCAAACCCAUAAGCGGAGAUCCUCGCGAUAUUGAACAACUGAAAGAAGCCGUACUGAAUUCUCAAACGCGUCGGGAUAAGUGUGCUAUCACAGAUACAGUCAAGGCUCAGUUCUACGCUGUUAAAGAAUUGAAAUUUGAAAAAGGAACUAAAACGCCAAUCACUUUUGGAAGUGGUGCAGCAGUAAUCACACUUAACGACGUCGCCUUCAUAGAAAAGGAUAUCGUUGUGCCGAGGAAGACUGCUGUGGUUGAAUUACACUUGCGUGAGCGCAUAUGCAUAGUUCCGCAAGAUAACUUCAUAAUAUGUCAGAACGGAAUACUAGCAGAAGGAAUAUUCAUUCAAGCCCUUCCGUCUCGCACCAAGCUAAUCCCAGUGGAGAAAAUGAUGGAAGAUUACGAGUUCAUUCCCAACAUCAUUCCCAGCACAAUGCUAUUUCACGGCGAAAUUUUGGUCAGCAGAAAAGCUGAGUUCACAUUUGCUGGUAGUUCACAUUUGCACAAUAGAGAAGAACGCAGAAACAAGUGAGGAUGAGGACAGUAAAAUUUCGUACUUGCACCUUCAUUCAAAAAGUUGUAUAAGGUGAUUGGUAUUUGGCUUCUUGUAUUUGU